AUGCCGUCCCUAUUUAAUUCACCCACCCUGGUGUUUUCGGCCGCCAUCCUUCUCCGCGUGAUCCUUCUCUUCUACGGUCUCUACCAGGAUGCCCAUUCCCCGGUCAAAUACACAGAUAUCGACUACUUCGUUUUCACCGAUGCUGCCAAGUUCGUCUCGCACGGACGGUCCCCCUAUGAACGAGCCACAUACCGCUAUACUCCGUUGCUGGCGUGGCUUCUUGUGCCCACCGCCUGGUUUGGUGGAUUCGGGUUUUCGUUAGGCAAAGUCCUUUUUGCACUUGCCGACAUCGCAGCGGGUUGGUUGAUUGUGCGCGUCCUCUUCCAGCAGCGGUAUCUUCAUAUGGACAUACCCCGUGCGCUCAAGUACACCAGUAUCUGGUUGCUUAAUCCCAUGGUUGCCACGAUUAGCACGAGGGGUAGCUCAGAGAGCCUGUUGGGUGUUAUGGUUAUUGCGCUUGUAUGGGCUGUCAUGGAAAAGAGGAUUGGGCUCGCUGGCGCUCUCCUGGGCUUUGGGGUACACUUUAAGAUCUACCCCUUCAUCUACGCCCCGUCAAUCAUAUGGUUGUUGGGCGAUGACAAAUGGCAUAAAGAGGACGCAUCAAAGCUUUCGUUUCUCUCCAUUAUAAAUUGCCUGCGGUCCUUUGUCAAUCCAUCGCAAAUCCUUCUUACGUUCACCUCGCUGGCCGUCUUUUCAGUUCUCAAUAUCACCAUGUAUUUAAUAUAUGGCCACCCAUUUAUUCAACAUACCUACCUGCAUCAUGUCACCCGUGUCGACCAUCGUCAUAAUUUCUCCCCGUAUAACAUUCUCCUGUACCUCUCUUCCUCAGCAACCGAGCAAGACGCAUCGCUAGGGAGCAACUUGGAGUCAUUGGCGUUUAUCCCCCAGCUUUCUCUCUCAGCCGUGCUGAUCCCGCUUGUUCUGGCAAAGAAAGACCUGGCGGGGACUAUGCUUGCGCAGACAUUUGCAUUUGUCACGUUCAAUAAAGUAUGCACGAGUCAGUAUUUCCUCUGGUACAUGAUAUUCCUCCCUCUCUACCUACCCUAUUCCUCCUUCAUCAAGCAGCCCUUUAUUGGCACCACUGCACUCUCCCUCUGGGUUGCUGGUCAAGCCCUCUGGCUGCACCAAGGGUUACACCUUGAAUUUCUAGGUAUCUCUACUUUUACUCCCGGUCUCUUUCUCGCAUCUCUCACCUUCUUCGCGGUUAAUGUUUGGAUUUUGGGCAUUAUUGUCGCUGAUGUGGGUCGUUGUUCGGCGAUUCAUGCGACUUUAGCAGCGGACAAAAAGGUCCGGAAGUGA